AUGGCGGAUGCCAAGCUGGAUGGCUGGCUCAACAAGGUGGAGGAAGCGGUCCUUUCCCACCAGACCGCCCGCCUGCAGCGCUGGGCGGAGCGCCAGCGGCAGGCGCUGCAGCGUGCGGUGAAGGUGGAGCAGGCGGUGUGUGCCAACAACAGCUCCAUCACUGAUGGCGUCAUUACAGGUGUUCAAGAUGAGCUGCAGCAACGCGAUGCGGAGCGGCAACGGAUGCGGCAGCACACCAAGGACGUGAAGGACGAAUGCGACCAACACUUUCAGCGGGAGCUGCGACGUAUGCGACGGGGGCAGAAAACCAUGGCCAAAGAGCUGUUGGAAAAGCAGUCCAUGCGGUUGGCGGAUGCCUAUGACGAGAUCAUUUCCUUAAAGUGGCAGAGCUUGGAGGACGUUUUCCAAAGGAAACUGUGGGAGUACUACACUGAAGCCCAUCGUCGUGGUUAUGGUCGGAGUGCUGCCUCCACCCCGGAGGAUCUGCGCGAGGUCUGGCAAAAUGGCGAGCUGAAAAGCCUGUUGGCCGUGGAAAAGCAAGGCUGGGGAAGAUCCCAACGUGCGGAUUUGCAGCACGUGGAGAACGAGCUGGAUGGAAGUCUGGGCAAAAGUAUUGAAGCUUUAGAGGCGAAGCUGACAACUGUAGCAGAUUUGGAACCAGAAUGUCUACAGCAGAUCCGCUCCAUGGCCGAAGAUGCCAAGAAGGAAUUAGAGAAAAUCACAGCCGAGAUUGGCGGUAGCCUGCCGGAAUUGGAAGCUGCCUGGAAGGCCUGUGAAACUGACUACGAGCGAAAGGAAUCCGAACUUCAACAGCUUCAGGCGGCCGUUGCUCGAAAGCGUUUCGAGGACAUGGAGACGUUCCGGCUGCUGAAGUUGCAGCUGUGCCAAUGGAAGCUCAGCUAUCAGAGCGCCUUCCAUGACACCGACGAGCCUUCCACCAGUUCUCUUGAUCCAAAACAAGUGGAGCAGCGAUUUGCCAACGCCCGGCGCUUGGCGCAGAAGCUCUGGGCCCAGAUGCCGGUGAACGAAGCGCAUCGCUUUCUGGCGCAGGUGGCGCAGAUGUUGGCCAAGUCCGAACCCUCCGCUGCCACCACUUUGAUGAAAGUCUAUGAGAAGGAGCUGAAGCGUUUGGGUGCCUUGCCGCUGGUCUCCCAUGCUCGAUCUCCUGAACUCCUGCAGUGUCCAGUGGUGGCGCCCAUCACCCCAAGCUCCUCAGCAUCGCGCGGUCCCUUGUGGAAAUCAGUGGCCGAAGACUUGUGCUUGACCGACAAAGCCUCGGUCGGUGCAGUGCUUUUACUCCGUCGCUUGACAUUGGUCUGUAGUGAUUUGGCCCAUGUGGCGGCUGCCAACAAGGCCUCGGCGCUGAGGCCGGCCUACCACCUGGUGGCUUUGCGGCCCACCAACGACGAAGCCUUCCGGGCCGCUUGUGAGAAGGGAAUGUGUGACAUCAUCUCUUUGCAGUUGGACGACAAACUCUCGUUCAGCCUGCGUGGAAAGGACAUCACUGCCUUCACGAGCCGAGGAGGCUGUUUUGAGAUUGAACUUGGGACAGCCAUCCGUGACGCAGGAGGGCGCAAGCAGAUGCUGAACAACGUAGAGAUCCUGUUGCAUGCCACGCGUGGCAGGCACGUCGUCCUAACCAGUGGUGCUCUGGAUCCCAUAGAGAUGAGGUCGCCGCAGGACAUGGCAAACUUUGCUGGUGUCAUUGGCGUCAAGGGCGGAUUUCAAUGCGUCUCGGAGGCGCCGUACCGCGCGUUGCAACGCAACCUUUUGCGACGAGGUAGCUGUCAGAUCACGGAACAACUGCUUGUGAUUCCCCAAGUUCGGGACUGGCUGAAUCCCUAUGUGGGCUGGGUAGCCCGGGCGGAUGCGUUGCAGGUCAUUCCAGCGGUGGAUGAAGAGAUGCCACAAGCAGACGAAAAAACCAGUGGCGUUCAACGGUCCAGCGUGGGUAAGAUGUUGGCCCGAUCAGGGCGUGAGGUGUCCUCCAAAGCCUUUAUGGAUGAGCUGUGCAGCAACGUGGGUGGAUAUCGCACAUUUCUGCGUCGGCUGGCUUUGCAUUACUUCGGUUGGUGGGUGGCCAUUGCAGUGGUCCCUGCCGUCUUUCUGGAUCACCACAGGUGUGAAUCCAGUAUGCCCUACAUAGCUUGGUGUUUGUAUGGAGGGACAGUGCUGGCAAUGCUGGUCAUGGCGGUGCUGGUGGAGUUAUCCAUGGUGCAGCGCUUGGGACUUCUACAGGGUUCUGAGCUUCACAUUCUCAAGGAACGACGGUGGCGAAGACCCUUGGCCUCGACGGUUCUGUGGAAGUUGGACUCCUACACCGACAUGGCCUUUGUGUUCAUUGCACGGGACUGUGGAUCCUCCCUCUGGUGGGCGUCUUUGGCGUCCAUCAUUUUCUGCACAGUCUUUUGCCAGAUGAUCUUCAACACCUGCUUCGCCCUAUCGGACUGUGACGGUGAGCUGCCUGAGUCCUUUGGCUUCGUCUUGUUGGACUUCAAGCUGGUGAACACGGCGGUGCGCUCGGUGUUGCCCUUUGACCCAGAUGCCUCAGAUUUGCCCGUGGCUAAGCCUGUGACAUUGAAAUCUUCGGCUAACCUGGUUGGCCUGGAGAAGGUCGUAGGAGAUGUGGCCCAGGUCUGUAUCCAAUCUUUGUUUCUGAUGAGCGCCAGUGCGCCGCAUGGCUUCGUGCUCUUCAGUGUGGUGAUUGGAGCUCUCAACGGCUGCUUGUCCAUUGCCUUGAUUGUACAAGAUGCUUUACAAGCAGAGUGGGCUGUGCAGGACCGUGACCUGGAGCAGGGCACCGUACUGGCCAGUUUGUCAGGUGGGUUUCAGGACCAGCUAUCACCAACCUUAGGGCCUUAG